AUGAAAAUUUUCAGACGUCUGACGAAUCACAAAGGCUUUGAGCAAAAGAAACGGAAGUGUAUAAAAGGAGAUUUUCUUAGCCAAGGUAUAUAUAGAAGAAAGAAGAAAGAUUUGGCUUCUAGUUCGAAGAGCUCCAAACUCUUUGAAAAUCAAGCUUAUUGUCUCAUAGAAUACGAUUUCAAAAAAAGGUUUCUAUAA